AGUCAGCGCUGCUACUGGUCUUUGUUUACAUUAAAUGGUUCACAUGCGCCCCAUCAAGCCUAUAACUUACACCCAUAUGGCUAGAAUACAAACCCAAACAAAGGAUCAAAGCACCGCCGUUAUGUUUUACCCCGAAGAAAAACCGUUCAGUCCAAGUGGGUUAACGUAGGUUUGCCAAACUUGUUUGACUUGUGAGUUUCUCUGCUGGAAUUCAAAACUUCGCUCCUUGGCAGUCGCAGAACGGAUUUGUCUCAGGUGAUUCUGUUCUCUCAUUGCCUUAAUUUCAAUUCCCAUGUUUUGUUUUAUCAGCAAAACUCUUCUCCAUGGGAGGGACAAGAUCACAGCCCCUCAAACUAUGAAACUUUUCUGCACUCUUCGAAAGAACCCAUCGAUUUUAUCUCUCAGAUUAUUCUCCACCACUUCAAAUCAGCAGCAAUCUUUUACAGUUUCUUACCUUAUUAACACUUGUGGGUUGUCUCCGGAAUCUGCUUUGCAUGCCUCUAAAUUUGUCAACUUUGAAACCCCAGAUAAGCCCGACUCUGUCCUGGCCUUUUUCAAGAAGCAUGGUUUCUCAAAAACGCAAAUCGCAACCAUCUCCAAGAGGCGGCCAGCGUUGCUUUUAUAUGAUGUUGAGAAAAUCCUAUUGCCCAAAGUGGAGUUUUUUUACUCCAAAGGUGCUUCACGUUCUGACCUUGCCACAUUCGUAUCUAAAUAUCCAACUAUUUUGGCUAUUAGCUUGGAGAAACAAAUUAUCCCUUCUUUUAACUUGCUUAGAAAUAUGCUUCUGUCUGAUGAGAAUGUCAUCAAUGCUAUAAAGCUCUAUCCUCGAAUUUUCUCCUAUGAUUUUAAUGCCUAUAUUUUGCCUAAUAUCAAUGUUCUGAGAGAUACUGGAGUCCCUGAAUAUAACAUUGUUAAAUUACUUCAUUGGCUUCCUAAAGCAUUCUUCCGAGCUCCAGUCCAGGUCAAGGAGAAUGCUGAGAAAUUAAAGGGAAUGGGUUUCAAUCCUGAGAGGGUUAUUUAUCUUGUAGCUGUCUAUGCAUUGGGGUCAUUGAGCAAGUCCACUUUGGAGAAGAAGUUUGAUACUUUUAAGAAGUGUGGUUGGUCUGAGGAAGAAGUUUUAGAAGCUUUUAGAAGAUAUCCCUUGAUAAUGACAAUUUCUGAGGAUAAAAUUAUGGCUGUGAUGGAUUUUCUUAUGAGCAAAAUGGGUUUCGAGGUAUCAUCCCUUGCGAAAUACCCUCGUAUACUGGCAAUGAGCUUAGAGAAGAGGCUUGUUCCGAGGGGUUUGUUUGCUCAAGAUUUGUUGUCUAAAGGUUUACUUGAGGAGAAAAUUCGGUUGCCAAAAUUGUUUGAGUCUUCAAAGGAGUUGUUCCUGAACAGGUUUGUGUAUGCCUAUGGAGAAAAGGCUCCUGAACUGUUGAAGCUGUAUGAAGAAAAAUUUAACCUUGCAGUAGGAGGCAAGGGCAAAAUACAGAAAUCGUAGAAGUUGUCCUUUGAUCCUUGUUGAAUUCUUGAAUUCAUGAACGUACAAAAAAUCCGAAAUUUUGAGCAGUAUCCAUUUUCUGUCAUUAGUGAGUCUUGAAUUCAGCUAUAUGACUCUUUGCCUAAUACUGCUCCUUAUCUUCCCUUUUUUUGUUUGAUCCUUGCAAUUUUGGCAGUUGAAAUCAUCCUCUCUUCCACCUCCUACCAAGUUGUUUAGCAGCGCCAAGAAUGCUACUGUCACAAAGAAGCCUUGCAAGGGUUUGACAUGGAUCAUAUGAAGAAAUGGUGCUGCUGUUACAAUUUAAAACAAGCUCUUGGGCUUUUUCAAUACUAGGAUCAAUCAUAUUAGUGUCUAUUCUUAUCAAUUUAGAAUUAUUCUUUCUCCUUUUUAUGAUGAUAACUCAUUAUUCACAAAAAUGUGAGCAAAACUUAUGUUCUUUUAAAUGAUUAGCUCCAUAUUUUUAUAUUCAUCAUA